UAUCAGGUUAUAAACCUAAAGUAAAAUCUCUGUUUUUUAUGUAUAUUUAAGUUUUUUUUUGCAUAAAAAUAAACAUAAUGUCUGUAACAGCGAUGUAUGGAACGUUCUUUUCUAAUGUUUAUAGAACUUUGUUAUCUAUUUAUAUCUAAGCAAUCACAGUGUACAUGAUAAAAUGAAUGGCGGCAAUAAGGAGGAGAUAGUUGCGUGUGUCUUAUUAAUUGUAUUUUAUAUUUAUUUCUGAUAUUUUUAGUGGCCACCUGUUGCUCGAAGGUAGCAAAGAUAAAAAAGAAAAUUUUUAUCUAUAUGCUUUAAUUUUAACAUUUUUCAAUAUUUUUAACAAGAAUUAAUAAUUAAGUCCUGGGCACUAGGUUGUGAAAUACCUGUCAAUUUACCUAAAAACGAUACCUGCUAUAUUGCUCUAUUACCAAAAGCAAAUCAUUUUAAUAGAAAGUUAAGCAAUUUCACUGUGUGAAAAAAAAUAAAUCACGUAGUUGAAGUAAGAUUACGUAGAUAUAGGAUCACGCAUGGAGUUAUAUUAAUGUACGCAUUUUAUCCCAUUGGUACUAUUUUCUUCAUUAAAUUUAUUAACUUUAAAAUUCACAAUAAAUGACAAAAAAUAUAAAACUUAUCAAAUUACCCGCACCACAUUAUAACCCGCACCAACGGUGGAAGUCGUAAAAAUCAACUUAUAACCUGUGGGUUAUAUGACGGAAAAUACGGUAGUCCAUAUUAUCACCAAAUAAAUUUUACCAGAAUUUUUUAAAUUUUUUAUAGGAUAAAUAAAGAUGAAGAAACUCACAGCCUUAUUUGGGAGUUGCUUGUUUUUCUUCAUUGUCAUGUCAAUGUAUCUAGUACUUGAUCAGUUUAAUUCUAAUCCAGAUAAAGACUCAUUCCAUCGUGAGACUCAACGGGCUGCAUCAUCUGUUGCAAAGAUACGUUCUGAUGUUGAGGCCUUAGAAAAGAAGCUGGAUUUUUCUAAUAGAGUUAUUGACACAAUAAAUGACAGUGUAGAAGAUCUGAGCAGCAAAUCAAAAAAAGACUCCCAUAUAAAGUUUGUUGCAGAAAGUGAUUCAUUAACAUCCAACGAGGGCAUGUGCAGUUUCACAAAUUCUCCAUCUGGUCAUACACAAGACAUUAGAAUGGUAGAUUUUUUUGACAAAAUUCCUUUUGAUAAUCAAGACGGAGGAGUCUGGAAGCAAGGAUGGGAUGUGUCUUACAAACAAGAUGCAUUUGAUAAAAAAAAGUUGUUGGUGUUUGUUAUGCCUCAUUCACACAAUGAUCCAGGUUGGUUGAAAACUUUAGAUCAGUACUUUAGAGAACAAACAGUAAAAAUUAUCAGCAAUGUUAUUGAAGCACUGGCAAAAGAUGAAAAACGGAAAUUUAUCUGGGCAGAGACAUCAUAUUUUUCAAUGUGGUGGGCAGAGGCAACUCCAGCGAAAAAAGUCAUGGCACAAGAACAAAUAAAAAAUGGACAACUAGAAAUUGUAACAGGGGGUUGGGUGAUGAAUGAUGAAGCAAACCCACAUUAUGCCAACAUGCUUGACCAACUAGUUGAAGGUCACCAGUGGAUGGAAAAACAUAUAGGAACAAAGCCAAAAUAUGGAUGGGCAAUUGAUCCUUUUGGCUAUUCCUCCACAAUGCCUUACCUGUUAAAGAGAAUGGGAUUUGAAGGAAUGUUGAUACAAAGAGUUCAUUAUAAUGUCAAAAAGCAUCUUGCCAAAAAUAAGCAACUUGAGUUCAUGUGGAGACAGAAUUGGGAUCAUGGAAAAUCAACAGAUAUAUUUACACAUGUCAUGCCAUUUUACAGUUACGAUGUGCCACACACUUGUGGACCAGAUCCCAAAAUUUGCUGUCAGUUUGAUUUCAGACGAUUGGCUGGAGGUGGCAUGUUUUGUCCUUGGCAUAUUCCCCCACGAGAAGUGGAUGAUAAUAACGUAAAGGAGAGGGCUGAACUUUUACUCGAUCAGUACAAAAAGAAAGCUCAGUUAUACAGAUCCAAUGUUGUAUUGGCUCCAUUAGGGGAUGAUUUUCGUUAUGAUCGUGAAUUUGAAACCAGGGCACAGUUUGAUAACUACGAAAAACUGAUGAGCUAUAUAAACAGUCAUCCAGAGUUAAAAACAGAAAUUAAGUUUGGAACUUUGUCUGAUUAUUUUCAUGCAGUUGCUGGAAGAGAAGGUGUAAAGCCUGGUGAGCAACCUUUUGGUUUUCCAUCUCUAGGAGGGGACUUCUUUACUUAUGCUGAUCGAGAUGACCACUACUGGAGUGGUUAUUAUACAUCAAGAUCAUUUUACAAACAUAUGGACCAAGAACUUUCUGCACAUCUAAGGGGAGCAGAGAUUCUUUUUUCUCUGGCUUUAGCUCAUAGUAGGCACCAUGGAAAGUUUCCAUGUGACGAUCUAUACCCUAAGCUUUUAUCAGCUAGGAAGGAGUUGGCUUUGUUUCAGCAUCAUGAUGGAGUUACUGGAACUGCAAAAGACCAUGUUGUUGUUGAUUAUGGGGAAAGGAUGUUAAGAGCAAUUCGUGAUAGUGUUAAAGUAAUGGAAACGUCCUCAAACUUUCUUUUGACAUCAAACAAAGAAGAUUUUCAGGAGUUGUAUGCUGAUGUACCAUUAAUUAAAUUUGGAGAGAGUCGUGAACGGCACGAUUCUUUGUCAGUAAAAGAUACCAUUAUAAUUUCUAAUACUCCUAGAUCAGUAGUGUUUUAUAAUUCACUGGCACAAGAAAGAAAACAAGUUGUUUUUGUUCAUAUUUCUGAAGAGUUUGUCCAGGUUAUUGACAAUAAUGGUCAAAUAGUUCCACAUCAAGUGAGUUUGUUGUGGAAGUCAGAAAGAGAUGUAUCACAAGGGAAAUAUGAACUUUCAUUUGCUGUUACGAUGCCUCCACUGGGCCUUGUGAAAUUUGAGAUAAAAAGAACGACUGAAGAUGUAGAUAAAAGUUUAGCAUCAACAUCCACUUAUGGCUUUGCAAUGUCACAGUUAGUUAACAAACAUUUUAAAGUUGCAGCUGGUACUGAAAAACAAAUUGAGGUAAAAAACAAGCAUUUUACGGCAACAUUUGAUGCAGACAGUGGCUUACUAACCGACAUAACUAAAAGUGGACAACGAAAUAAGUUAGAAAUUCAUUUUAUGAAAUAUGGUACUGUUGGGAAGAUGGAUAGAAGUGGAGCUUAUUUGUUUUUGCCAAGUGGAUCAGCGCUUCGAGUGGAUGCUUCCAAUCCACCAGUUACUGUGACAUGUGGUAAGAUUUAUACUGAAGUAUCAACAAAAUUAGAAUAUGUAACGCACAAGUUACGAAUAUUUCAUGUUGAUGUGCUGGAGGCACAAAGUUUAGACAUUCGAAACAUAUUGGAUAUCCGCCACACUACUAACUUUGAAUUUGUUAUGAGGAUUGAAAGUGAUGUGAAAAAUAGUGACAAAGAAUUUUUUACAGAUUUAAAUAGUUUUCAGAUGCAACGUAGAAAGACAUUAGCCAAACUUCCCUUACAGGCUAAUUUUUAUCCUGUUCCUGCCAUGGCUUAUAUUCAGGAUAAAAAGAAAAGAUUAACAAUUCAUACACAACAAGCUAAUGGAUUUGCAAGUCUUGAGCAAGGUUUUCUUGAGCUGGUUCUUGACAGACGGUUAAUGCAAGAUGAUAACAGAGGUCUUGGACAAGGCGUAACUGAUAACAAGAUCACUCCUUCCAAUUUUCGGUUACUUCUGGAAACCUUUACAACCGAGCCCACAGUGCAUAAUCCUCCAAUUCCUAUCUCCUACCCAUCAGCACUGAGUACGUUGUUAUUACAUGAACUACAAUAUCCUGUGUUUACAUUUUCGACUCCAGUCACAACCCCUUCCUCCACAUUCCAAACAUUCGUAGCUGGAUUAAAGAAGCAACUGCCAUGUGAUAUACAUCUUGUGAAUUUAAAAUCAUUGCAAGAUAACAUCAAGUCUUCCCCAGGAUUGACAACAGCUAUGUUUUUACAUCGCAUUGGAUACGAUUGCAAUUUCAUCCUUAAAUGUUCUGAAAGAAGGCUAACAUAUCAAGAAAUAUUUGAACCAUUAACCGUAAAGAGUGUUGAAGAAACAUCCUUAAGUUUAAUGCAUAAACAGAAGAAUAUUGAUGCAAGUUCUAGAAUCACUGUCCCACCGAUGGAAAUUCAAGCAUAUAAAUUAAAACUAACAUAACAUUAAAAUCUAUCUUUUUAUUUGAUGUUAUUUUUUCUUGUUUUUUUUUGACAAAUAUUUUUAGGAUUUUUGCAACUGUGUAUUUUUGCGGAUGUAUAGAAAUAUGUCCACAUUCUGGAAUUGUAUUUUUGAAAAGUCAAUGUAAACUUUUAAAGGAAUCAAAAAAUGUUUUUACAAGCAAUUCAAAAACAUCCUAUUGUAAUCAAAAAGUACUUUGAAGUACUUA